CUUAGUGUUUUGACGUUGUUCACAGUUCAACUCACAUACCGUAUUUUCCUAAUCUCACGAAACCAAGCUUUCACCAGCCAGCGUGUUUGUUUUCUCUUCUCUCUCUCAAUUCAAUUUCGAUCCAAAACCACAACCGGCGAUUCAACUUCUCAUGGCGACGGAGCAGUUAAUGGUCGCUGGCGGCCCCCGCUAUGUUCAAAUGAAAUCGUCGCCGCCGCCCUCGCCUCCGGCUCCGGGAGAGAUUUCGCCGGCACCGUCGUUCCGGCAGGGAGGUGCUGAGCCUAAUCGGAUUUUCGAUGAAUUGCCGAAAGCUACAAUUGUCUCCGUUUCUCGUCCUGACGCCGGUGAUAUUAGCCCCAUGCAACUCUCUUACACAAUUCAGGUUCAGUACAAACAGUUCAAGUGGGAACUUGUGAAGAAGGCUCAUCAAGUAUUUAUUUUGCAUUUUGCCUUAAAGAAACGUGCCUUUUUUGAGGAAAUUCAUGAGAAGCAAGAGCAGGUUAAAGAAUGGCUUCAAAAUCUAGGAAUUGGAGAACACACUGCUAUGGUGCAAGAUGAUGAUGACGCUGAUGAGGAUUCGGUUCCUUUACAUACAGAUGAAAGUGCUAAAAACAGAGAUGUUCCAUCAAGUGCCGCUCUACCAAUUAUACGACCGGCUUUAGGACGGCAGCAGUCUAUUGCAGACAGGGCAAAGAGUGCAAUGCAAGGGUAUCUAAAUCACUUUUUGGGAAAUAUCAGUUUAGUUAACUCUCGAGAGGUUUGCAAGUUUUUGGAAGUAUCCAUGUUGUCUUUUUCACCUGAAUAUGGCCCGAAGCUGAAGGAAGAAUAUGUAAUGGUGAAGCAUCUGCCUAAAAUUCCAAAAGAUGAUGAUUCCAGAAAGUGUUGUAUGUCUAGCUGUUUUAGUUGUUGCAAUGACAACUGGCAAAAGGUGUGGGCUGUACUAAAACCUGGAUUCUUGGCAUUGCUGGCAGAUCCUUCUGAUACACAGCCCUUGGACAUUAUUGUUUUUGAUGUACUGCCUGCCUCAGAUAGGAAUGGGGAUGGUCGUCUAUCACUAGCAAGCGAAAUGAAGGAGCGGAAUCCUUUACGCCAUUCAUUCAAGGUUACUUGUGGACUUCGGAGCAUUAGAAUUAGAGUGAGAAGUAGUAGUAAAGUUAAAGAUUGGGUAGCUGCAAUUAAUGAUGCUGGACUCAGGCCUCCUGAAGGCUGGUGUCAUCCUCACCGCUAUGGUUCUUUUGCUCCUCCUAGAGGCUUAAUUGAAGAUGAUAGUCAAGCCCAAUGGUUUGUGGAUGGGCAAGCAGCAUUUGAUGCGAUUGCUUCUUCAAUUGAGGAUGCAAAAUCAGAGAUAUUUAUCUGUGGAUGGUGGCUGUGCCCAGAAUUGUAUCUACGGCGGCCUUUCCACGCUCACACUUCAGCAAGGCUUGAUAAUUUGUUGGAAGCAAAAGCCAAGCAAGGGGUUCAGAUUUAUAUUCUGCUCUACAAAGAGGUGGCUCUUGCUUUGAAAAUCAACAGUGUUUAUAGCAAGAAAAAGCUUCUUAGCAUUCAUGAGAAUGUGAGGGUAUUACGCUAUCCUGACCACUUUUCUACUGGUGUUUACCUGUGGUCACACCAUGAAAAACUUGUCAUUGUUGAUCACCAUAUUUGCUUUAUUGGAGGUCUGGAUUUAUGCUUUGGUCGUUAUGACACACCUGAGCAUAAAGUGGGGGAUUUCCCUCCUGUAAUGUGGCCUGGAAAGGACUAUUAUAACCCAAGAGAAUCUGAACCAAAUUCAUGGGAAGAUACUAUGAAAGAUGAAUUGGAACGUGAAAAAUAUCCUCGUAUGCCCUGGCAUGAUGUUCAUUGUGCCCUUUGGGGACCACCUUGUCGUGACAUUGCUAGGCACUUUGUUCAGCGAUGGAAUUAUGCAAAGAGGAGCAAAGCCCCAAAUGAGCAAGCAAUACCAUUACUUAUGCCUCAGCAUCAUAUGGUUAUUCCACAUUACUUGGGAAGAAGUAGCGAGAUACAGAUUGAAAGCAAGAACACUGACAACCAGAGAGUUAUCAAGAGAGAAGAUUCUUUUUCCUCAUCUUCCCAAGAUCAAGACAUUCCUCUACUUUUGCCUCAAGAGUCUGAUGGGUUGACUUCUCCUGAAGGAAACCCUAAACCUAAUGGGCUGAUCUCCUUUUUACAUCACAUUGACAAGCCAAGAAAGAAUAGCAAUGGUCUUCCUUUCUCAUUUCGAAAGGACAAAGCUGCAGCAGUUGGUCUAGAUACACCAAUGAAGGGCUUUGUGGAUGAUCUUGGUUCUGUGCAUUAUCAUGAAAAAAAGUCUGCGGAUAGAUUGGGUCAUGUUGAUUUACAAGAUACAGAUCGAGAAUGGUGGGAAACACAAGAACGGGGUGAUCAGGGAGGUUUUGCUGGUGACUCAGGACAAAUUGGUCCUCGUGCUUCCUGCCGUUGUCAGGUCAUUAGGAGUGUCAGUCAAUGGUCUGCUGGAACAAGCCAAAAUGAGGAGAGCAUCCACAAUGCUUAUUGCUCUCUUAUUGAGAAAGCUGAAUACUUCAUCUACAUUGAGAAUCAGUUUUUUAUCUCAGGUCUUUCUGGAGAUGAGAUGAUACGCAAUCGUGUUUUAGAAGCUUUACAUCGACGGAUUAUGCGAGCUUACAAUGACAAAAAAUCUUUCAGAGUUAUAGUUGUCAUACCUCUCCUGCCUGGCUUCCAGGGGGGCCUUGAUGAUAGUGGUGCAGCAUCUGUGAGAGCCAUAAUGCAUUGGCAGUAUCGAACUAUUUGCAGAGGGCAGAAUUCUAUCUUACACAAUCUUUACGAACUUCUUGGUUCAAGAAUACAUGAUUAUAUCUCAUUUUACGGCCUGAGGUCUUAUGGUAGACUCUCUGACGGUGGUCCUGUGGCAACCAGCCAGGUGUAUGUUCACAGUAAAAUCAUGAUUAUUGAUGAUUGUGUAAGUUUGAUUGGAUCGGCUAAUAUUAAUGAUAGGAGCUUACUUGGUUCCAGAGAUUCUGAGAUUGGUGUAGUUAUAGAAGACAGAGAGUUAAUUGAUUCUUAUAUGGACGGGAAGCCUUGGAAAGCAGGAAAGUUUUCUUUGACUCUCAGAUUAUCAUUAUGGUCUGAGCACCUGGGUCUCCCGGCAGGAGAGGUCAAUCAAAUAAUGGACCCAGUUAUUGAGUCUACUUACAAGGAUAUUUGGAUGACAGUCGCAAAGACAAAUACUGCAAUUUAUCAGGAUGUCUUUUCUUGCGUGCCUAAUGAUCUGAUUCACACCAGACUUGCUUUCAGACAAAGCGUGGCUUUUUGGAAAGAAAAAGUUGGUCACACAACCAUUGAUUUAGGAAUAGCCCCAAAAAACUUAGAAUCCUACGAUGAUGGAAAUAUCAAGAACACGGAUCCCUUGGAGAGAUUAACAUCAGUUAGGGGUCAUCUUGUUUCUUUUCCUUUGGAGUUCAUGUGUCAAGAAAGUCUAAGACCUGCUUUUAAUGAAAGUGAAUACUACGCUACUCAAGUUUUCCACUGAGAUGAUAACCGAGUAUAUAAUAUCAUGAAAUUUUUUUGUGAAAGAAAAUUAUACAGGGGAUUUGUAAUUUAUUACUUGCAGAAUUUCUUUUUAUUACAAUUCUGCAAGUGAGUCUGGAAAUUGGGGAAGGAAAGAGAAGGGAAGAGGGGGGGGGGAUCAUGAUAUUCUUGUAAAAAGAAUGUAUCUGUAACUUUUCACUGUAAAAAAAA